GUGGAAGAGCUGCGGGAAAAUAGAUUGAUAUCAGGUCUGUUUGCUCUGUUUGUCCGUUCUUGGCAUAAUGGUCCGAGCUCCCUUCCACUCCGCUCCACCCCAAGGCAAUGACGUCUUGGCAAUAUCAUGUCUCAACGGCAACUGCUAUUUCCAGUGCAAAACCUCAAGACCGUUUCCAGCUUUUUUAUACUACGCACAUUGGUAUAUAAGGAAAACUACAUUCAAGAUGUGUGGCCGGUAUGCCAUGGGUAUUCGCCUCGCGUUCAUCCGAAACCAAUUACAACAACGUGGCCAUCCUGUGGAUGAGGCCGCAGAUGACGAUGACGUGAGGCAAACUUACAACUUUGCCCCUGGGAGUUACGGCGCGGUUUAUCGCGCAGACGCUUCUGAUCACGGUGGCGCUGUUGGUUCCCAGGACGAUGACACCGGCAGCAAUGAGCAAGUGGAAGAUCAAGGGGCAAAUGAUGGCUCUACGAAGACAACAGAGCGCAGAACUCAUUAUAAACUUCAAAGCAUGAAAUGGGGUUUAAUACCAUUUUGGACCAAAAGGUCCCCUGAUUACGGCUCCAUGCUGAAAACAAUCAACUGUCGCGACGAUUCUUUAAUCGAGGAUAGGGGAAUGUGGACGUCAAUGAAGAAAAAGAAGCGCUGUGUUGUAGUCUGUCAAGGCUUUUACGAAUGGCUGAAAAAGGGACCCGGUGGGAAAGAGAAAGUUCCCCACUAUGUCCGACGAAAGGACGGCGAUUUGAUGUGUUUCGCGGGUCUGUGGGACUGUGUUCAGUAUGAAGGCUCUGAUGAGAAACUCUACACGUACACUAUAAUUACCACUGAUUCGAAUCCCUAUCUUAAGUUUCUUCAUGAUCGAAUGCCUGUCAUUCUCGAUCAAGGUAGCCCUGAAAUGGCUACAUGGCUGGAUCCCCAUCGCGUGACUUGGUCAAAGGAACUCCAAUCCAUCCUCAAACCGUACGAAGGGGAGCUCGAGUGCUACCCCGUCAGCAAAGAAGUAGGGAAAGUAGGAAACAAUUCUCCAGACUUCAUUAUCCCAGUAAACAGCAAGGAGAAUAAAAGCAACAUUGCGAACUUUUUCGCCAGUGCUGGGAGCAAAGGCAAGCCUGGACAGAAAUCCCAAAUUCGCGAUAUCAGCAAAUCUAGCGGUGAAAAACCAGGAGCAAAGAAUGUUUCAGCGCUUGAUCAAGAGAGCAAAGUAAAGAAAGAAGAAGAAGAGGGUAACAAAGAUGCAAUAUAUUUGACUUCGUUCAAGUCAGAUUCCGAUGCCCCAUCCGCUUCGCAAACCCCGGCGGUCAAACGAAAACGGGGAUCUCCGAAGGCUGCUGAGGACACUGAUGUGACUGCCAAACUCCCCAAGAUAACGCAAUCAGACUCUGUGCAGCCAUCUCCUAAGAAAGAUGUUAUCCACUCCCCCACAAAGCCCAUUGGUAGAAAAAUGAGGAGUGCCACAAGCAACGGGUCAACUCCUAAGCAGGGGGGUGCCAAAAGGACGACAAGCGGGACGCAACGAAUUACUAGUUUCUUCAAAAAAUAACGAUGCUGGAAAGGGCCGGCCGCAUUCUCAGUUGUCUUCUUCAUUCGCUUUGUUUACUAUGAUACCAUUUGGAACCUGUACAUUUGUCUCUACUGCCUACGGAUCAAUUACAUAUAUUAAUGUCGACAUAUUGCUGAUUCUUUUCAACUUCAAUGAAAUUUUUACAAAUAUUUGCUUCGAUGGAGUUCUUUCUUAUUGACAUCGUGGGAUAUUUGACUCUAAAUGCACAUACAUAAAGCCUCAGUAUAAAAGUUGUGGACUUUUGGAGAUGGCGCAGAAAGGGAUGCUUCUUUAGCGUGUUCUCAUCACCGGAAUAUGUGAAGUGAAGGGCGGAACCGGAACAGGGACUAAACCGUACAUAGCUGCCCACUAUGGCGGAAGAAGAGAAGACCAAAGUUGCCGCAAAGAACCUGGUUUUGUCAGCUACUGGGGCAAAAGAGCUCAACCACCACCAGCUAACACUGGAGGAAGAGGGGCUGAAUACACACAGGAGAGCUAGCCUUGGUUGACAGGUUUAUGCCCGCGUUUGAUUUUAAGCUUUGUUGUCUUGUACCCGCCCCCGCUGCUGUCAUUUUCACAUGUGUACGCUGGAUAUUUGUUUCUUCACGAAUUCUCUAAUGAUCUUUAUUAUGUUGGUAACGUGCUAUGUUCUGGGUUUCAUGAAAGAAAUCCACUAAUUGAGCCACUCGUCGCCUGCGCCCACCAAAAGCAGCAGCUUAAGUGGUUAUAUAGUAGUCUAAACAGGUUGCACUCUGGCCCAUUCUGUCAGUGGGUUGACAAAGACAUCACAGG